AUGAAUGAAUUUUUAAGACAAUGGCUUACUCACCAACUAGGGAUAGAAUUUCAAUCUUUGUCGCCUGAUAACUUGUAUUCUAAAUUUAAAAAUGGGGUGCGUUUUGGACAAAUUCUGCAAAAUUAUAAUAUUCUAAGCCCUGAACAAGUAGCUUUAUUAGUCGAUGAAGAUGACGAAGCAACUAAAUUAUUAAACAUCAAUCGACUCCGAAGCUGGUUGGGCACAGUAAAUGUUUCGUUGGAUGAUGAAACUAUUGAACAAGUGUUGUCAGGACAAAAUACUGCUAUAUCUGGACUAUUAUACAGGUUAUGUUUUCAUUUGGAGUCCCCCGACAGUUUGAACUUAUUUUUUCGUGCACAACAAGCGAAUACCCAUCUCAAAAAAUCUGAAUCUCGUGAACGUGAAGUGUUCGAAAAAUGUAUUAAAAGAAAUUCGUAUCAACUCCAAAAUGACAAGUUAGAUGACGUUAAAAAAGCACAAGGAGAUUAUACGGCGACUAAAACAGAAUUUCAGGUACUUUGCGACGAGUUUGAAGAUUUCGAGCGCAGUUUACCAGAAAAGAUAAUUGCCUGGACACACAGGGGAGAUCAAACUUGUGAGAGGUACUUAACAGAUCUUAAGGCUUGUAAAAAGUUCUCAAAAAUAUAUAAUGGCUGGCGUAAAGAGACAAUUAACACAUUUCUGAAACAAAAUUUAGAUGAUCAAACGAGCCUUAAUAAAAAUGAGCUAAGGCGUAAAUCGAUGCCAGAUACUGUCAACCUCAUAUCCGACUGUGAGAAAAGAAUGUUAAUAAAAAUUAAUAAUGCGAGACACAAGAAACGCUCUAAGAAAAAUGAUCGCAAGACUAGUACUUUAGAUAACCGAGUGAAAUUUGUCGACUAUGGUGUACGAUCUCUAAAACCUAAGGAAUAUUGUAAAGUCGAUGAUGAUACAAAAUUGAAAAUAAAAAAAAGACUGCUAGAUGUUAACAAUGAACGAGAGAAAACCAAUCAAACAAAUGCAAUGAAAAGUAUUGUUUUAGAAUUAAUGGACUUUAGCAUAAGAGGAUGUGAAUAUAGAAAAAAAAACGCAGGGAAUAUUCCAAAACAUUCAUGGGAAAGCUGGUUGGAGAUGUUCAUUAAAGGACGACCAUUAUUGGUCAGUUUAGACGAUGCACUUGGCUUUUUAUUAGACCCUAAAUAUGUGGAAGACAACAAGCCAUAUGCCGAAAUUGAACUGAAAACUCAACACGUUCUCAAUCGAGUAGACUUAAAACAUUAUUUGGAAGGUACUGGGAUUUGGUCGGAGAAUGUACUGGAUGUAAAAAUUAGACGUCCACCGGAUGGAGAUCGCGUUUUAGGGUUUUUGGUAUUUGAUGUUCUUAGUUCGUUACACGGUCUUCCGCCGCCCGUUGUCAAUAUGGGAUCAGUAAUGUUUGGAUCCACAGUUGGCGUUAUAAAUGGCAACAUCGGAGACAUUGAAAAACAGCAGCUUAUGGAAUCAUUAAUCAAACGUAGUAUACUUCCUGUCCUACCGGAAGUGGCUCUUCAAUACUGUAUGUAUUCGUUUUAUCGAGAAACUGAUAGUAAUGAGUUGCUAGCGUUAUUAGAAUUAGAAGACAACGACAACACACAAAAUACGAUUAUGCAAGGUAGUACCUUAACAGAAGCCACGUCUCUAAGUAAAGAAUUAAAAAUUAAUUUAUCACUUCCUGAUACACCACAAUCGAAACAAACCCAAACACCGUACAAUGAAAAUGAUAAAAAAUAUGAAAAAGAACGAGCUGAAUGUGGAAAAUAUGCGUUUCUUAGUAUUUAUAAAGGGAAAACUCUACCGAAACAUUACUUGACCGACUGCAUAUUAUGCUAUAUUAAAGAGAAUCAAAUGGUACAAGGUUUUGUAAUAAUUGGGUAUCCAAAUACACCAGAAGAGGUAAUGUUACUCGAAGAGAGGUUGGCCAAUAAGAACUUUCCUCCUCAAGGUUUAUACAGUUUUAUGAACGAGAUGGAGUUAACAGUAAUGGUACCUUUUAAAGCACCAGAUUUAGGAGAUAAAGGAAGAUACCGUUCGUCACUUACUUCAUUUGUAAAGAUCGUAUCCCUUGAUAUUCCAUCAAGUGACGAGUUAAAUGCUAUGGACAAAUAUUACAAAUCUCACGAACUUCUGACGUUAUUGCAAAAGACUGACAAAAACACGGUUAUCGAUAACGACGAUAUUGAAUUUUUUUGCGAUAUUUUAUCUGGACAACCAGUAGACUGGAGUGAACAUGUCCAGUGGAUAAAUAUUGCUAAGUCGCCAGUAAUCGAGGAAAGCGACAGUACAAGUAGUUUAAGUGCUCAAAUAUCCACUGCCCGUUCAGUGCCGUCACACGAAAGGACAGUAAAAAGAAAUGCGUUUAGAAGAGAAAGGUUAAGCGGAAUGUCAGAAUUCGAUUUUGUGGAUCACAUCAAAUCAAAAAUGUUUUCGAACUCGGCACUUUUUUCUUCUCAAAUGAAUGAAAUGAGUGUUGUAGCUUCAGCAUUGUUUGAUAAUCAUUUGCAAGGGGACGAUGGUCUUGUGUUAGGACAUAUAUGGAAGUCAUUAGAACGGUUGUUUAUUGAGACAAUCGAAAGCUGUUUUUUUCACAGGAGAAUUUUAGUAUCAGAGCAGGAACCAUACGUGGUUAUCAUAAAAAGUAUUCUCGAUGAAUUGCUUAGUGCUCAGAAUAUGAAAAAGUUAGAACUCGUGAGGCAAUUGCAGUCCGAUUUAUCUAGAGUGCCGGCAAACAUAGGCAACACGUCACCCGACAUUAUGCGACAACUAAUGUCCGCCGUUUCGGACGUCAGAGUAAUUUUAACGCAAUUGACUAAUCAAAAAAUAGAAAAGAGUAGGCAGUUUAUCGAAAAGGAAAUCGUCGAUACUUGGAUGGGCAAACAGAUGAGUUCUAUAGUUACUGUCUACAAGUGUAUAAUACAAGCUGAGUUGGAUCGUACUAUAAAUACGUUAAUUUUCGUAAACGCCUACAUGUCAAAGAUAUUCAACUACAAACUAAGCGCAUCCAUGUUGCUAAAACCAAUUGAUAUGUUACAAUCCGACGACCGCGGUCCACGAACUAAACAAAAUACGGGUGUCAUCGAAGAUCUAGAUAAAAAACUCGCGGAAACCGUGCGAUUGGCUUCUAUAAAGAUCACGAAUGUGUUUAACACGAUAGCUGAAUGGUUGGAGGAAAUAAACGAAACGAUUGAUUUAGACUCGUCGGCGUACACCCCAGCAUAUUUCAUCGUCUGGAAGUAUGUACUACAAAUGCAAAAGCUGAGGACUGCCAAUCAGUUGAAAUUAAUAAUGGCUAGAUUUCGACAGGUCAUCAAGGAAAUGGGCAAGUGUUUUGUCCAACAUCGAUUAGACAUGAGCCAACGAAUAGAUGAUCGUCUGCAACACGAGCUCGUGGAGACCAAACGUAUUUGCGAAUUGUUUGAGACGGCAAUCUUCGAAGGACGGAUAGUUCGACAUGAAAUAUUAAUGAUCGACGAUUGUUUCUAUCUCAACGCAGAAAAUGUAUUGUAUCCAGACUUUCGCCCUCCUUAUCCGUUUCCACUGCUGGAACCCGAGGAAGGAUUGCUUGUGCCUACCGGACGUAUUAAAAAUCUUAUAGUUCAACUAUGCACGUUCUGUCCUGAAAGAUGUAUUUCGAUAGCAAUGCUUUCUAAUUUGUUAUCGAAUCGCGCCAAGCGGUACCCAAUAUGCGAGUAUAAUAAUAGACUGUCGAGUAAUGCUGAUUCGAUUCCCCGUGCUAUGUUCGGAUACACUGUUAACUUUAUAGACUGGGCUGACUUUAUUAUUAAUUGUUUUGAAUUGCCAUAUGUAAGUGUCGAGAACUUAUUAAAUCUAAAACGAGAAUAUUUGAAACUAGAAAAAAAUCACGAGGGGACCGGAGACGCCACUGGUAAGUUAAAUGACGUGCAUAGGUAUCAUGAAGGUAUGAUAAGUAAGAACGCCUUUGAUUCAGUCCCAUUAUGGUUUGAAAAUACUCUGCCCGCAAGUCCGUCAAUAUUUCUUCGAUACUUGAACAUCAAAGAAUUAAUAUUUUUAACAUUCUCUAUUGAUGGUAAAUUGGACUAUAUAGCUAUGUUGCUAGCUUUUUGUAGAGACGAAUGCUCUGUCAUCGGGUUAGCCAAGGCUGUUAGCGUAAUCAUGGAUACAAAUGUUAUACCUAGCCAGCACGACGAGUGUCCGAAAAAUUUAAUUAUAUUACCAAUGGAAACGUUGUUUAAGACAUUAGUGUUAUGUCUCAGAAACUACAUGGUUAAAAAAAAAACUGAUUUGGACGAUUUAGUAGAUUCGUUGAGAAACAUAUACUGUGAUUUGACAAAGCAAAAUGGCAAUGUUUUUGAUGCAUUAGAAGUACUCAGAAGUGAUAAACUUAGAAUACUGUCCGAAAUAGGAUUUCGGUUUACUUGCAGACCUUUAUCAGCCAUUGUAUCUUUAAAAUAA